AUUAGUGUAUUGCAUUAUUAAGCUUGUAGACUGCAUUGCAGUCUAGUAGCUUGAAAUGUGAAAAGCAGAUGUGAUACAUUUGUGGAGAAUACGUAGAAGACUUUCUACUGUUUUACAUAUAAGUUUCUACACUGUAAUCAAUGUUAUGAAUAAGUGACAGUUAAAAGUAGUUCAAGGCCAAACAUGAUAUUGCAUGAUAAAGAUAUAAAAGUUAAAGAAACAAUAUUAUGACGUUAUAUUAAAAUUUCUAUUUAUGAAGCAUAGCUAGAAUUAUGGCAAAUAACAAAAAUCAUGUAGAAGUUAUACAAAAAACAUUUCUUGCAUUAACUGAAGAUUUUUUGAAAUAUGGAGCAACAAUUGAUGAUUUAAAAAUGACCAUUGCUACAAUGGAUAAUGUAAAAAUGAAUAAUAAUAGUAAUACAUAUUAUAUAUAUUUCAGAAAAGCAUUUGUUAUUUUAUUACUGUCUAUUAUUUAUGGCCUACUUGUCAAAUAUUCAUACAUUGAUAUUAUUAAAAAAAGUUUUUAUGGAACACGUUGUUUUAUACCAAACAACUAUUUGAUAUGGGAAUUUACAAGACCAAUAUCAAAUUGUGAUUAUUGCCGUAAUAUUGAUAUGCCAAUAAUCUUGUCCAAUGUGACUAAGAAGGAAUUUGAAUUGUAUGCUUAUUCAUCACAACCUAUAAUAAUAAAAAAUGCUGCUAGUAAUUGGUCAGCAUCAAAAGUAUUUAAUUUUGAUUUUUUUCAAAAUCUAUAUGAGCAUAUCGAAGGUGCUUAUGAAUCUAUAGAAGAGGAAUGUCAGUUUUUACAUUUCAAAAGUGACUUCAGUAGUUUACGCGAAGUUUUUGCUAUGAGUAAACAAAGAGCAAUGAAUCAAGAAGGUGAAAAUCCUUGGUACAUUGGUUGGAAAAAUUGUCAUCCACAAAUUUUGGACAUCAUGAAACAGUUUUAUGAUGUGCCAAAGUUUUUCCCAAAUGAUGCAGAAAUCCCACAUACAAAUUAUAUUUUUAUGGGCUAUGAACAAGGAGCUAAUAUGCAUCUAGACUAUAUAUCUCGAUUGAUGUGGCAAGGACAAAUUGUAGGUAGUAAAACAUGGGUUGUUGCACCAACUCCUGAAUGCGACCAUGUUUGUAAACAAUUUAACUUUUCUGUUGAUACUGGAGAUAUUAUUCUUUUGGACACAAGAAUAUGGUAUCAUAGUACAUACAUAGAAAAUGGAAAUUUUAGUUUGACUAUCACCUCUGAAUACGGGUAGAUAAAAAUAAUUUUAUAUUGUAAUAAUCUUCUUGCCGCUUUCUAGCUCCAAUGUUCUUUCAGUACAAAUGGAUAAGUACCUUAGUAAAUUAAUUACCACUUGCCAGCUGUUUUCUAAUAUUUCAGAAAUUUUUAAAUAUUUUAGUCUAUUGAAAUCAUGUGCAUAUAUAUGCAACACUAUAUAAAUUAAUAUUCUACAUUAUAUAAAGUUAAAACGUGCCAAUUAAAAUCGCGGAUAAGUAAUUAAUAUUUUACUAAAAUUAAAUACAAAUACUGUUGAUGAUCAGUAUUUUACUAGAAGAAUUUUACUUUUAUAUAUUUACAGCACUUUUUUAAAAAAAAGAUGCCAUGAAUGUAAAAUAAGUACAUUUCAUUGAAGAAUGACAAUACACUUUUUAUUAAAUUAAGUAAAUGUUAUUUCUAUUUAUAUAUAAGAAAGUUAAAAGUAUUAUUUUUAAUAAUUAUAUUCUAUUUCAAGAUAUAUUAAAAUGUUUAUAAUUUUUUGCCAUUGUUAAAGCUAGUCUGUGGAAAAAAUGAAGAAAAAUGAUUAACAAAAGCAUAAAAGUAUAAAUAAAAAAUAUAUAUACACAUAUAUAAAUUAGAGAAAUAAUUUUGUUUUACUGUAAACAAUUUUGCAUAAUAUCACAAUAAUAUAUAUUUUUAAAUAUUUAUAAAACUUCAAUACAUUCAACUAUAAUAUGUUCAUAUUAAACAUUCUUAAUUUUAACAUUCUUUCUA